AUGCGUAACUGUCGUCGCCAGAUCCCGGGUGCCCUGGGCCGUGCUCCUCGGAACAUCCAGAAGAAUUCCGCUGGCUUCAAGGCAACUGAAUGGUCUCUGUGGAUGUCAUUGUUCUCUGUUCCGCUGCUUGAAGGACGGUUACCUGAGAGAUAUCUCGCUAACUGGGAGACUCUUUGUGAGGCGUAUGUGAGGAGUAUAGAGUUUGAGAUCACUAUGGAUGAUUUGGCUAAGAUCCGCCUGUUGUUCAAACGCUUCGUCAGGGAUUAUGAGAGCCUCUACUACCAGAAGGAUCACCGCCGAAUGCAGGUGUGUCCCUCCAGCAUCCACAUGCUUCUCCAUCUGGCAGACUGCAUUGAACAGCUAGGUCCUGCGUGGGUGUUCUGGGCGUUUCCAAUGGCGCGU